AUGCUACAGACUGCUCAGGCACCGGCCCAGCCUCAAGGGCGCACUCGUUCAAAUAGCUUGCAACGAAUGCUUGAUUUGGAGAAGAAGCUCAAUUUCCUCCGAACACAUCAAGGCUCUGUGCCCCCAUCUCCAGCAUGCACUGAUAGCAGCUCUGUUCCCCCGAGUCCGGGACGUCCUCCUCGUCGUUUUGAAUUGGUGCCAAAGGACAAAAAGGCCCCCCCGCCAGUUCGAAACUAUUCUGCUGUGCCUCCUCCGCUCUUCUCAGCCCAUUCAGCCCCUGCGCGAUCAGAAUCACCAAAAGUGAUCGCCCGCAAGCCGGUGGGACAAGACCUUUCUCGACCAAACUCAACAGAACCAAAGGGAAUAUCAUCCGAUAAACCAGCCCACAAGACCGUGGCCUUCAUGUUUCCCCCAGAAGUGGAGGAGCAACGGUCAGUAUGUCAAUCGCCCACAUGGGAGGCAUAUGAUCGUCGGAAGAAGGAGAAGAAAGAAGAGAAGCGAAAAGAGCUCGAAAAGAAGGAGGAGGAGAAGCGAAGAGAAAAGGAGAAGGAGAAAGAGCGUGAGCAGAUCAUGAACCAAGCUCUUGAGGAAGCUUGGAAGAACGCUCCCAAGCCUCGCGGUAGGAAGCUGAGCAAGCCUCCUCCACUCUCACCAGCGGUGCUUGCUACCCAAGGGCGCAGCGCCACUGAACCAGUCCAGCCCACACAAAAACGACGAUCUCGUUCAUCAAGUCUGUUGGGUUUCUCCGUCGGGAGAAAUAACGAUGACCCCGAGGAACCAAGGCGUAGCCGCUCCAGUUCACUCUCUUCCAUCUUCCGCAAGUCCUUUGAAAUCAAGCGUGCGUCAUUUGACGAGACCAGCCCCACGGGUUUCUUGGGCGGAGCCAAACUUGAGAAGAAGAAGGAGGACUUCCAUCAGAAGGUACUAGAGGAUCAAGCUAAGGGGAAUAGCAAGGUUCAUCCAGCUAUGCGAAAGACGUUCCUCGGCCAUGGCUCUUUUACUCCUCUCAAAGUUAGUGCUGCUCAGCAAGCUCAUAACAAGGAGGUAGACGCCCAACGCAGGGCGUACCCGCCUAUUUCCAUCAACACAUCCGGUGCGAGAAGCCAGUCGGCCAAGCCGUCUAAGUCACCACAGAGAAGAGGCUCUGUCAAUAUAUACCUGUGGAGUGCUCGUGCUAGAAGAGGCUCAGUCAGUGAUGAUUGUGCAGUGGCUGACGACACGGAAGACGAAGGUGACCAGAAUACCGUGCAUACACCAGACAGCGAGGUUCUGUAUAAUAAGGCUCAAGGUCUUAACAGAAGGGGCGGUCUUUACGUUAAGAAGGACCAAAAUGCAGAGACGGACAAAUCUGAGGAGAAGACUGUGCCGAAAGAUGGCGAUCAGCAAGCAGGGCCUACACCUCGUGCUUCAAACCAGAGCAUGAAGCAAGUCCCCCCGUUGAACAUCAAGCCCAAAGACCCCGUUCCUCAACAAGACACUAUCACAGUCUCGAAGCCGCCAACAGUAUCCUCAACGCAGCCUCAAGCCAGACGAUCAUCGACGGCCUCUGGGCUAUCUAUCCCCCCUACACCCCCACGAAGAAGCUCGAAGAGGAGAGGUUCACUUACCUUGUUGACACGGCUCAGCCACUCCCAGCCACCUUCGGACGAGCCAUCGACAGCCAAGAGCGCCCCUGUUGGGCCAAACUCAAUAAAGCCCUUGGAGUCAACAAAGGCCUCCAAGGAGAAGCUAUUCAGGCAGAACCCCCCGAGUAUCCGUUAUGAACAGACUUCGCCUGGUGUGCGCCCGAAACCAAUCACUGCAGAACCCGAGCCCGCCGUGGCCACGAAAUGGAACCUUAGAGAGGCUGCCAAGAGUGCGUUCGGCCGGGGACAUUCUCCCCAGGCAUCGGUUUCGUCGACAGCGAGCAAAGAUAGCUCAUCCAAGGCUAGCACAAGAGCGUCUUCUGUUGGACCUCCUGUGCCACCAAAGACGGAUAUGCACACAUUGAAGGGCUUAAAUGUUAGCAGCAAUGCGCCCAUCCGUACCCAGCACGUCCAUGUUCCAUCGAAACAUCUCUCUCCAGGAGCCACAUAUUCACCAACCGGUGGUCGCCCUUUGACGAGUUCUUCCGAUUCCUCAUAUUCGGAUGCGAUCCAGUCCAUAUCACCUCUCAGCACCCCACAUACCACCCCGCCUCAGUCGGAGAUGGGUCAUUCUCCUAACAUCGCAUCCUUCAAGCCAUCAAUGAUGGCACACCAUGGAACAACUAGCCCAUACUGGUCGCAUACAAACUCUCCUCGAAUGGCUCCCAGCGACCGUUUCGAGCCCUCUGGCCCAGACGCUGAGAUGGACCCUAUCCAGGAAGCAGCAAACAGAGUGAUGGAAGCGUUCUCAAACGCAAACCUCCGAAACGCGGCCUCCCGCAACCGAACACCUCUUGACUCCUCCGCGGAAGCAAGUUUCGCAUCAACACCUAUCCAUACCUACCCAACACUAAAACACAAGGAGAGGAGCAAGGGACGCCUCCGAUCUCCUGCAACCGUUCAGAGCCCGACGCUGGGUCAUAGAUCGACCCUGUCGGAUCCUGAAGCAACCAUCAAGACGCUCCGCCGUCAGUCCACCCUGGAGCAUCACCAGCACCACGGCGAGCCCACCGGCAAGAUGUUCGUCGAGUGCUGCGCUUGCAGCCGCUACCACGACUUGCCCAGCAGACUCUACGAGGCCAUGUCCAACCCCGAUGGCGUACUGAGCUCCGGCGCGACAGACUUUGCGGGCAGCGUGACCAUGACAGUCAAGUGCCCAUGGUGCAGGCAUGAGAUGAGCACGAAAUGCUGCGCGGGAUUCGCAGCUAUGGUGUAUGUCAAGGAGAGAUUCCACUAA